AUGGUGGACUCAUGGCUCAGCACCGUGUACCCCGCAGGGGCUUUGGACGAUAAGGACUUCAAACAAGCAGUUUACAACCAAUUCGACUGGGAUUAUAAAGGCCGCACUCCCUUCAUUUCCUGCUUUUCAGACAAAGACUUCGCCAUCAAGUGGGCCUGUAAAAUCAUGAGAUCUUCACGGAGAUGUUCACAGAAAAAGGAGUGGACCCUUUUUACUAUCGACACUUGGCUUCUUUCGCACUCUGUCUAUGUUUACAAACUGAGCAGAUUCAUCGACUAUAUGGAUAUUCGGACUCCCGGUAGGGCGGAGGAAGUUUACAAACCAGGGGCCUAUAUCUGUUUACAUAGCAUUCCUUCUGACGCAAUUGUUGAGGCAGAGAAAUGGAUGAAUCCUCGCGGAGCAUCAAAAUCCCCUCUAUAG